AUGAACGGCGGCAGCUUCCUGCUGAGGUGGCUCAACAACCUGCGGCAGGUGUACCUGCUGGCCAACCAACCAGAAAGCGCCCUGGCAAUCCUGAGGUACAUGCGGGCGACGCUGGAGGCCAUGCACCAGCAGGCGGCCGACAAACAGCAGGGGGAGCAGCAGCAGCAGCAGCAGAGUGCGGGCCGCAGCGGCGGCCGCGGCAGCACGGGCGGCGGCGUGCCCGCCGCCCUGGGUCCGCUCACAGACCUGACCCGGGACGAGGGCCUGUGCCUGUACGCCCUGGGAAGGUGGGCGGAAGCUGCAGAGGCCCUUGGAAGCUACCUGGCCGCGGCCCCCUUGGCGGCGGACGUGCCACUGGUGACGUCGGUCUUGGAGAAGGUGCGGGCGGCGCAGCAGCGCGCGGCGGCGGCGGCGGCGGCGGCGGCAGCGGGCAGGAGCGUGGACGAAGCAGAGGGGGGUCCGACAGAUUUGAGCGGUUGA